AUGAGCAUGCGCCGUGAUAAGUGUGGUAAACUAAAUGUCGGAAAAGAAAAUAUUAGCACGAGGAAGGAAACGAACUUUAACGGAUUCGGCGAGGAAGAGAAGUGGAAAUGCAGUCUGUUCAAAGUGGAACAAAAGUAUGAUAUACAUGGGAGACCAGCUGGAUCGAUGGAAUCAAUUAAAAAACGUUCUGCACGUCCAAACUCACGCCGAAGUUGCGAAAAUUUUACUCGACAGCUGAAAAAAGAUAACAUCCGCAUCCUUCAUUUGAGAAGUAGUUUGGUUUUAAAAGCUUUAUUCACUCUUUCAAGCACUAUACAACGUGGAGUGCGCGCAAUGAAAAUACAUGUUCUCAUUCUGUGUUGUACAUAUCUAACUGAGUUUGGUCAGCCUUUCGUGAAAGUGAAUAAUUUAAUAAGAAUUACAACGACUAAUAGAAAUGGAACAAUUACGUCACCGGGAUAUCCUGGACACUAUCCAAACAACGUGCUCUACACUUGGGAUUUAGAGACUGGAUUCCGGCAGGCAAAUGUAACCUUUUUUGUAAAAGGUUUGGAUAUCUUUAAAAACAGUGACGGUCAGUGUGAGGGUGACUAUUUAGAGAUUGAGGAAACAAUGCCUUGCUGCUUUCGACAUUUUAGAAGAUGUGGCAAAGAAAGCAAUGUUUCAUUCGUGGCAACAGGAAACAGAAUACGAAUAUCUUUUUUAAGUGAUGGUAAAGACACCACACAAGGAUUCGUCCUCUACUGGCAUGGAUUUCUUCCAUCGAGUUCUUUCAGUACAACUUUUGAGGUAACAGCCGCUAAUCCCAUGACGACAAUGAACAACUCUUCUACAAUGAUGUCUUUAACAACAACUGAAUUGACAUCGACAAAAGAACCGUUAACACCCGCAACCCAGUCUGUAACGACAACAGCACUACUCAUCGGGGGAUUCUGUGUUAUGGAAGUCACUGUAAUAAUUACUGGAGUAUGCGUGCUGAGGCAAUGGGGAGUGCGCACCCCUUUGAGAAGACCCCAAAAAGCUAAGUUUUGUUCGGACGAUUUCUACGACACCAUUCCUGUGCAUCACAUUCGUUCUUGAUGACAGCCAUCAUUGUCGUUGUUCCUAAAAACAUGAAUGGCAAAAUGUUUGAAGAGAAGUUUACAGACCAUGGACAGUGAACUCUUUUAUCAACUGCAAUUGAUGAUACUCUUUCUGGAAACUCAUUUCUCCACGAACUUAUGAUACAGUAUACCCCUAACUUGAUUACAAUAAUAUAAAUACAACCACUGUGAUAUCAACAUGUAAUUAACAAAUAAAGAUCAUGGAUAACCUA